AUGGCUACCGACAAGGGACUCGAGGACGUCCCCGAGGGGCAGAUCGAGUCCAACUAUGACGAGACUGUCGACUCAUUCGAUGACAUGAACCUGAAGUCUGAGCUUCUCCGUGGUGUGUACGCCUAUGGUUUCGAGCGCCCUUCGGCCAUUCAGCAGCGUGCGAUCAUGCCCGUCAUCAAGGGUCACGAUGUCAUCGCCCAGGCCCAGUCUGGUACUGGCAAGACCGCCACCUUCUCUAUCUCCGUUCUCCAGAAGAUCGACACUUCGGUCAAGCAGUGCCAGGCCCUGAUCCUGGCCCCCACUCGUGAGCUCGCUCAGCAGAUUCAGAAGGUCGUUGUCGCUAUCGGCGACUUCAUGAACAUCGAGUGCCACGCUUGCAUUGGUGGUACCAGCGUGCGCGACGACAUGAAGGCCCUCCAGGAUGGCCCCCAGGUCGUCGUCGGAACCCCCGGUCGUGUCCACGACAUGAUUCAGCGCCGCUUCCUGAAGACGGACGCUAUGAAGAUGUUCGUUCUCGACGAGGCCGACGAGAUGCUUUCUCGUGGUUUCACCGACCAGAUCUACGACAUCUUCCAGCUCCUCCCCCAGUCCACUCAGGUCGUUCUCCUUUCCGCUACCAUGCCCCAGGACGUCCUCGAGGUCACGACCCGCUUCAUGCGUGACCCCGUCCGUAUCCUGGUCAAGAAGGAUGAGCUUACCCUCGAGGGUAUCAAGCAAUUCUACAUUGCUGUUGAGAAGGAGGAGUGGAAGCUCGACACUCUGUCCGACCUGUACGAGACGGUCACCAUCACCCAGGCUGUCAUCUUCUGCAACACCCGCAGAAAGGUCGACUGGCUCACCGACAAGCUUACCGCCCGCGACUUCACCGUCUCGGCCAUGCACGGUGACAUGGACCAGGCUCAGCGUGAUCUGAUCAUGAAGGAGUUCCGCUCUGGAUCCUCUCGUGUCCUGAUUGCCACUGACCUCCUGGCCCGUGGUAUCGAUGUCCAGCAGGUGUCGCUGGUCAUCAACUACGAUCUCCCCGCCAACCGCGAAAACUACAUCCACCGCAUUGGCCGUGGUGGUCGUUUCGGCCGAAAGGGCGUUGCCAUCAACUUUGUCACCGCCGAUGAUGUCCGCAUGAUGCGUGAGAUCGAGCAGUUCUACAGCACCCAGAUCGAGGAAAUGCCCAUGAACGUUGCCGACCUCAUCUAA